AUGGUGUUUUGUGAUUACUGUUUGACAGACAUUGCUGGGGAGAUAAUCGACGAUGGUUACUUAUGUUGUGGAGAUUGUGGGAAAGUGUUGGAAGAUCACCAUUUUUCUCAGAAAACAGGGUUAACAGUGUUUUGUGAUCACUGUUGUAAAAACGUUUCUUGUAUUCGACUCGAUGAUGAUCCCUUAUUCUGUGGAGAUUGUGGGAUGUUGUUGGAAGAUAGCUUUUUAGUUGUGGAGUCACGCCGUGUCAGAACUGUUGCUAAGAAGGUUGAUGACUACAUUCCCAGUGAGGGCAGAUUCUUUCGCCGGAACAUUGAACGUUGGGAAUAUGAAAAUCGAGAGUAUCUUGAGGAACUAGCUGCCAAGGAAACAAUUGCCAAGAAAGCUUUUGAGUUGUUUUUCCGAAACUGUUCUAAUGAUUCACUUGCAGCAAGAGACAAACUUGCUCAAUCUGCCGUAGAAUCUCUGGCAAAAUCCAGAAAGGCGCAAACUCAAGAGAAUCUCAAGAAAGUAGCCUCUGAAAAUGAUAAUAUUUCGGAAUCAAAGUCGAAGGAAAUGGGAUCAUUUGACGAAUUUAAACAUACUUCGUAUCAAGAAAAUGGAGGAAGGAAAAAACGACAACGACGCUUUGCACCCAAAAUAUGCAAAUGA